AUGGCUCCUUCCGCGACUGAAAACACCGCUGCCCAGCAGUCUGCCGAGUAUGACGCGGCGCGUCCCUUUGUCGGCAAGGUCGCUCUGAUCACCGGCUCCGGCCGUGGUAUCGGACGCGGCAUCGCCGUCGAGCUCGGCAAGCGUGGCGCCAACGUGGUCGUCAACUAUGCUUCCUCCGCCGGCGCCGCCGAGGAGGUUGUUGCCGAGAUUCAAAAGUUCGGAUCAAAGGCCAUCGCCCUCAAGGCCGAUAUCAGCAAGCCCGCCCAGGUUGUCGACCUGUUCGACCGCGCCGUCGCCCACUAUGGCCGCCUGGAUUUCGUCAUCUCCAACUCUGGCAAGGAGGUCUGGUGCCCCGAGGAGGAGGUCACCGAGGAGCUCUUCCAAAACAUCUUUGACCUCAACACCCGCGGCCAGUUCUUCGUCGCCCAGCAGGGCCUUAAGCACUGCGGACGCGGCGGCCGUAUCCUUCUCACGUCCUCCAUCGCCGCCCAGAUGGGCGGCAUCCCCAACCACGCUCUGUACGCCGGCUCCAAGGCCGCCGUCGAGGGCUUCACCCGCGCCUUUGCCGUCGACUGCGGUGCCAAGGGCAUCACUGUCAACGCCAUCGCCCCCGGCGGUGUCAAGACGGACAUGUACGACGAGAACUCGUGGCACUACGUCCCCAACGGCUACAAGGGCAUGCCCAUCGAGAUCAUCGACCAGGGUCUUGCCAACAUGAACCCCCUCAAGCGCGUCGGUGUCCCCGCCGACGUCGGCAAGGUCGUCGCCUCCCUCUGCCACUCUGACUGCGAGUGGAUCAACGGUCAAGUCAUCAAGGUCACCGGUGGCGGCACAUAA